GGAGGCCUGAUGCUUUCCCUCCGUUCUCACACCAUCAACACAGGAUAGUUACUGUUCCUUGACUUUAACACUGCCUGUGUGAGUAUAUUUAUUCGUCGUCUACUGACUGAUGCUCUAUUCCAUAUCUGCCAUGCCCCCCAUUCCUAUCCCACCGUCAACGUCUCCCUACGCUGACAGCGAACUAGAGAGAUCCGAUGAAAAACUUGCUCUCUUUGCGUCUGUGAAUGCAAAACAGUGCGUUAAAGAUGUCGACGAUGUCCAACAAGGUAUUGAGCAUUCCGACCGCUCGAGUAGAGACAAUCAAGUUGAAAAUGACAGUUACGAGCUUGUCCCAGGAUCCCUUAAGCGACGUGUGCAAGCAGCAGAAGAAGAAAGCCCAAUAAAAGAGCCACAUUUAUUGAAGGUUGACGCAAACGGGUUGGCCAUAUUCCAAGGAACUCCCUGG